AUGGUGAAGCAACUCGCGAGCGCCGAGGAAUUCGCCGCGAUCAAGGCGGCCGGUAAGCCGGUGGUGGUUGAUUUCACGGCGAGCUGGUGCGGACCGUGUAAGGCGAUCGCGCCGCACUUCGAGGAGUUGUCGACCAAGUACCCGGAGAUCGUCUUCGUGAAGAUCGACGUGGACGAGCUGGAGGACGUCGCGGGCGAGUGCGGAAUCUCCGCGAUGCCGACGUUUCAAGUGUACUCGAACGGCGUGAAGGUGAGCGAGAUGACGGGCGCGGAUCCGGCGAAGCUGGCGGCGCUCGUGAAGGACGCGAGCGAGCUGUGA